GCAGAAUGGAAUAUUAUAAUUCCAAAAAAAUAUGCGAUUUUUGUCCAUUAUUUCAUUUUGAUAGACCCAGUUGUACAAUAACAACAUGUAAUUUGCCCUUAUUAAAUAUUGAAAAAUAUAGAACUAAUCAACCAUAUCAUCCAAAAAUAGAAUCAAUUAAGGCUGUCAGAUUUAAACAACCUGUGAAUUCGCCUCAAUAUUGUGGUGAAUGGACAAAUUUAAUGUACCGUCCUAUUAUACAAGGAGGUUUUAGUUAUCGAGGAGUAUAUAAAUUAUUUCCUAUAGAUAUUCCACCAAAUUCUCCUGUAUUAUGUCGACCUACUCCUAUUCCACCUACCGAUUUUCGAGGAAUAACUGUAUAUUGUCGUCCAUAAUGUGGCAAUGUAUUUAAUUUAUUUAUUUAAUUUAAAUUUAAAUUAAAUAAAUUUAAAGUAUUUAUUAAUAAAUUGGUUCGUUUCUGUAUGAUAUAUACAUAUAUAUAUAUAUAUGCGUAUAUGUAUAAAAAGU